AUGUGGCGCGUCUGUGCGCGGCGGGCGCAGAGUGCAGUGCCCAGGGCCGGGCUCGGGGCUCGGUGGGCAGCCUUGAAGGAAGGCCCCAGGACCCCUUGCGGGAGCCCGCGGACCAGCCCCGCCGCGGCUGGAUGCAGCAACGGGACCCCGAGCUAUGGGGUCCGCCUGCUGUGCAGCUGGAGCUCCGGCUCUGGCACCGCGCCCCGUAACCGUUUACUGCGGCAGCUCCUGGGGUCGCCCGGCCGCCGCUCUUACAGCCUCCCUCCGCACCAGAAGGUUCCAUUGCCUUCCCUUUCCCCAACGAUGCAAGCAGGCACCAUAGCCCGCUGGGAAAAAAAAGAAGGUGAAAAAAUUAAUGAGGGUGAUCUCAUUGCAGAGGUUGAAACUGAUAAAGCCACUGUUGGAUUUGAGAGCUUGGAGGAGUGCUAUAUGGCAAAGAUCCUUGUUGCUGAAGGGACCAGAGAUGUUCCAGUUGGAUCCGUCAUCUGUAUCACAGUUGAAAAGCCUGAGGAUAUUGAGGCCUUUAAAAAUUAUACAUUGGAUUCAGCGACAGCAACUCCGCAGGCAGCUCCAGCCCCAGCCCCAGCCCCAGCUCCAGCCGCUGCACCAGCUACAUCUUCUGCAAGGGCUCCUGGUAGCUCCUUACCUACCCACAUGCAGGUACUUCUUCCUGCCCUCUCCCCCACCAUGACCAUGGGCACGGUCCAGAGAUGGGAAAAGAAAGUGGGUGAGAAGCUAAGUGAAGGAGACUUACUGGCAGAGAUAGAGACUGACAAGGCCACUAUAGGCUUUGAAGUACAAGAAGAAGGUUAUCUGGCAAAAAUCCUUAUCCCUGAAGGCACAAGGGAUGUUCCGCUAGGAACUCCACUUUGUAUCAUAGUAGAAAAACAGGAAGAUAUAGCAGCAUUUGCAGAUUAUAGGCCAACGGAAGUGACCAGCUUAAAGCCGCAGGCACCACCACCUGUCCCACCCCCGGUAGCAGCUGUUCCUCCCACUCCCCAGCCCUCAGUGCCUACACCCUCAGCUGCUCCUGCUGGACCAAAGGGAAGAGUGUUUGUUAGCCCUCUUGCAAAGAAGUUGGCAGCAGAGAAAGGGAUUGACCUCACCCAAGUUAAAGGGACGGGACCAGAAGGCAGAAUCAUCAAGAAGGACAUUGACUCUUUCGUGCCUUCUAAGGCUGCUCCUGCUGCAGCAGCUGCCAUGACUCCCCCGGGUCCAACAGUGGCUCCAGCUCCUUCGGGUGUCUUCACAGAUAUCCCCAUCAGCAACAUUCGUCGAGUGAUUGCGCAGAGGCUGAUGCAGUCGAAGCAGACCAUACCUCAUUAUUACCUAUCUAUUGAUGUAAAUAUGGGAGAGGUGCUGUUGGUACGGAAAGAGCUCAAUAAGAUGCUUGAAGGGAAAGGAAAAAUCUCCGUCAAUGACUUCAUCAUAAAAGCUUCAGCUCUGGCUUGUCUGAAAGUCCCUGAAGCAAACUCAUCUUGGAUGGACACAGUCAUAAGACAAAACCAUGUGGUUGAUGUCAGCGUUGCUGUUAGUACCCCUGCAGGACUUAUCACUCCUAUUGUGUUUAACGCACACAUAAAAGGACUGGAAACCAUUGCGAAUGAUGUUGUUUCUUUAGCAUCCAAAGCCAGAGAGGGUAAACUUCAGCCUCAUGAGUUUCAGGGUGGAACAUUUACAAUCUCCAAUUUGGGGAUGUUUGGAAUUAAGAAUUUCUCUGCAAUUAUCAACCCACCUCAGGCAUGUAUUUUGGCAAUUGGUGCUUCAGAGGAUAAACUGCUCCCAGCAGAUAAUGAAAAAGGCUUUGAUGUGGCUAGCAUGAUGUCUGUUACACUCAGCUGUGAUCACCGAGUUGUGGAUGGAGCAGUUGGAGCCCAGUGGCUUGCUGAAUUCAAAAAGUACCUUGAAAAGCCUAUGACCAUGUUGUUAUAAUUUACCCAAGAUCUACACUCUCUGCUGACAUUAUAUUUAUAUGUUAUUAAACAGAUGGUUCUUUUAAAGUUUCACUAGUUAUUUUAUUAUUGAGUUGGUCCAGAUAAUUUAUUUGUAAUAGCCAUUAGUGAAUCUUUUUAAAAUACCAGUUACACCCAAGUAAUGUACCCCUUUAUAAUUAACUUCAGUUUAAAGCUGUAUACUUCUGAUGACAGGACAUGUGGCUAAAUCUGCUGCCAAGUCCUUGCUGGGGUGCGGGAUGAGUGGGAUUAUGGUCCCCUGCAGACAGGCUCAUAAAAGUACCCCGGGUGAGGCCUUGCAGUUGAGGGCUUGAUUCGGCUUAGUGUGAGGGGACAAAGUCAUGAAAAUUAUUUCUUACAAAAAGAGUUUGAACUGAAGCUUUAUUUUGCAAUCAAACCCUAGUUAAAGUUUCCUAUUACAUGAUCUUCGUUUAUCAUUCAUGAGAACUUCAAGGAAAAUAAGUGAAACUUUAAGAGUCAGCAUUUUCUCAGACCUUUUCAACCAACAGUUAUUUUUAUAUGAAUCUCUAAAUAAAAAAAAGCUUUUCCUUCCUUGAGAUAGAUAUAAGCUAGCUUCUUGGUAUAAAUGAGAAUUUAUGUAUUUAUUUAUAAAUAAUUUCAAUGUAUAAUUUGAGAAUUCUGAAGUUUCCUCCAAAUAAAAGGACAUGCUUAUUGAAAUGAACAAGUUGUAGAAAUAGAAUUUUCAUUUUGAGAUGAACUGGAUGUUGAUUGUAAAUGAACCCAAUUUUCACAUGUUAUUACUCAAUUGGAGAACUCUGAAUGACUAUGGAAUGUAUAUGGGAUAAGUGUACAUAUGUAAUAUAUGGUUUUAGAGUUGUAUAUGUGCCAAAGUCCAUUUAUCACCAGAUCUUGCCUGAAAAGAAAUGAAGAAAGGAUGUUAGUGGACACUUCACAGUGUCUAAAUGGGCAUCUGGCACGUAGUCUCCGCUACUCAGAGCAGUAAAGGAGGAGGAUAGUUGGACAACAUAGCAAGAGUCUAUCUCAAUACAACAAACAGAAAUGAUGCCCACAAUAACAAAGUGUGUACUGACAAGUGUUUGCUUUCUCACCCCAGUCCUGUCUUGUGUAAAAUAACAGCUCUAAGACCCUGUUGGAGGGAAAAACUUUAAUAGGUGUUUCCCUUAGCAGCCUACGUGCUCUUUUCGUUUUACUAUGCUUUACCUUUCUUUUGGAGGGAAGCAGGGCUGAUAUUCAGGGUAGUAGAAAUGCAUUGGGAACAUUAUCACAAUUCCAGACUUCCUGCUGAUGUGAUGUGUUUUAAUAAAUGUGGGAUUAUUUGUGACUUUAAAAUAACCCUUCCUUUGUGUGUAAUAUGUGGGUAAUGAAGUGUUUCAUUGGUGUUGAAUCUGUUUCUAAAUGUUCAUUAUUACAUGGUGCACAAGUGACACUCCAAACAGUCCACAAACAUCCGAUUGCUGCUGUGUUACUGUAAAGACAGUCCAGUGGAGUGGCCUGCCUCCUCAGCACUGAGUUAUUCUAGGUUGCACUGAAAACUGUACAGAAAGACCAUGCUUGUCACAAGGGUCCAUCAUUAGCACAAGCCAAAUCCGAUCAAAUGUUGAAACUGAAAAAUGACUCAUUCUUUGCUAAUGCUCUAUUGUUCCCUUGAAAGAAAAAUAAAAGGUUGUCAUUUGACAAAAUGUUCUCAGUUAAGACUUACUCUCACCUGUAAUCUAAAUCUGGGCUCAGCAUAGUAACUGAAAGAAGUUAGAAACAGUGUUUUGGGUCAAAAACCAUUGUUUAAAAAUUAAAUAUGUUUUCAGUGUGUCUGAA